AUGACGCAGAAUAAUGACGUUGACAUUUCCGAACAACCGGACGAAGUACCAAAGUUGAACAAAGAUAAACUGGGACUUGGUUUGUAUUAUUCUUACUACAAGACCAUAAUCGAGGCCCCCUCGUUCCUGGACGGCCUCCACGUGGUCAUGAACGACCGGCUGACCGAGUACCCCCUGGUCAUCAACACCCUGCAGAGAUUUAAUCUGUAUCCAGAGGUGGUCCUGGCCAGCUGGUACCGGAUAUACACAGGUGUAAUGGGAUAUUUUGGGAUUCCCACGAAGAUGUGCUGGUCCAUCAACAGAGGAGAGGGACUGACUCCUGUGGACAGCUGUGAAGGGAUGGGCGACCCGGCGUAUUUUUACGUGAGCUGUGUGUUCCUGCUGAACGGCGUGAUGAUGAGCCUGUUCUUCGUUUACGGCGCCUACCUCAGCGGAAGUCGACUGGGCGGCGUCGUCACCACGCUGUGUUUCUUCUUUAAUCACGGUGAGAGCACUCGUGUGAUGUGGACUCCGCCGCUGAGGGAGAGCUUUGCUUACCCGUUCUUAGUCCUGCAGAUGCUCCUUCUCACCUACAUCCUACGGACACGGAGCCCGAGCAGGACAGCCAUGGUCGCCCUGGGCAUCUCCAAUUUGUGCUUUAUGCUGCCUUGGCAGUUCGCCCAGUUUGUGCUGCUCACUCAGGUGGCCUCUCUGUUUGCCUCUUACAUCCUGGGUUACCUCGGCGCUGCCAAGAUGCAGUCCAUCCUGGUCACUCAUAUGAUCACUCUCGGCGUCUGCUUCGUCCUCAUGUUCGGCAACUCCAUGCUGCUCACGUCCUUCUACGCCUCCUCGCUCGUCUCCAUCUGGGCAAUCAUUGCACUGAGGGAUCGAUUUGCUCAAGUCUUCAAACGUGGCAUCAUCACCUGGGUCAUGCAGGGUUUGGCGUGGGUCGGCUCCACCGUUCUGCUCAAGUUCUUGCUGUCCACAGUCCUCUGCGCCUCAGAUGAUGCUCACAUCAGCGCACUGAUCAAAUCCAAGUUCACGAGCUACAAGGACUUCCACACUCUGAUGUACACGUGUGCUGCAGAGUUCGACUUCAUGGAGUUGGAGACUCCUAUACGUUACCUCAAAACGUUGCUGCUGCCCAUCAACAUGCUGGUGGUUGCGCUCAUCGCUGCGAGGACCAUCCAGGAUAUCGGCCGGUUCCUGAGGGACGGAGGGAAGGCGUCUGUCCGACCUGACGAUGUCGAUGAAGCUGCAGGGUCUGAAAUAGCUGCAAAAGGAGAGCUGGUGUACCACAGUCUGCAGCUGGUGGCGUUCACCGUCCUGGCCGUCCUCAUCAUGCGUCUGAAGCUCUUCCUGACGCCCCACAUGUGCAUCAUGGCCUCGCUGAUCUGCUCCAAACAGCUGUUUGGCUGGAUCGGGGAGAGGUUUAAACACCAGGCCGCCGUGUUUGCGGUCAUGGCUAUUAUGGCCAUACAGGGAGUGGCCAACCUGCAGGCGCAGUGGGGGAUCAUCGGAGAGUUCAGCAACCUGCCGCAGGAGGAGCUGCUGGACUGGAUCCAGGACAACACCCGCCCUGAUUCUGUGUUUGCCGGAGCUAUGCCCACCAUGGCCAGCGUGAAGCUUUCCACAGGUCGGCCCAUCGUCAACCACCCCCACUACGAGGACGCCGGGCUGAGAGAGAGAACCAAGCUGGUGUACUCCAUGUACAGCCGCAUGUCCGCAGAAACGGUGAAGGGGAACCUGAUGAAGCUGGGAGUGGACUUCUUCGUCCUGGAGGAUUCCUGGUGCACCAGGAGAACCAGGCCCGGGUGCAGCAUGCCAGAGAUCUGGGACAUCGAGGAUCCCGAUAACGUUGGUAAAAUUCCUCUCUGCACCCACAUGUCCAGGAGCUCACGGCCUCACUUCACCACCGUCUUUUCCAACGACAUUUACAAGGUUCUCAAAGUCCCCAAAGCCACUAAAGCUGUCAGAUAACACAGCGUGCCGGACUGCCGGAGCUCCACACUCUGUUCUCUCCACCACGUGUUGUUUUUGCAGGCUUUGACCAGUCACUGCCAUCGCUGCUUUUUCCUCCACAGUUCCUCUCUGCAGCGCUCUGACUCCCUGAGCUGAGCGCCGGACGAACAACGGUCACGCCAAAACAGUCUGCCGUGAGCCUCUUUGCUCUCGGCGUCCUCUCGGUUCUCAGUAUUAGCGACUCAAAGGAACGCUGCGUUCCACACAAUCAUCCUUACUGCUGCAGCUUUGACACCCGGCGGCGUUCCCAUCACGCUCCCGUCGGUGCCCGAGUGAAAGCCAAAAGGCGUCGUAGCUCUUCAUUUAGUCCGUCGCAUCGGUUCUGUUCUAAAGAAUCUUUAGUUAAGGAGACGUCGUCCUCGGAGAAAAGCUGUUUGUACGUCAGCAUUGUUUCUGUCAGACUUUUUCUUUGACUUUGGCUUCAGAGCUACAUUUUGUCUGGCGGGACCGAUCAAAGAUGUCCACAUACUGUGAAGCAAUACCCUUUGCGAACUCGACAAAAGCCGACUUCUUCUAUUGUUAUGCACAGUGUUGAUCUCUGAAAAGAUUUUUCACUAGUACAGUAUUUUUAUAAUUUAUUGGUGUGGGUAUUUUUAUGCAAACUUCAAGACGUUUAUUUAGAAGCCAACAGUGUUUGAAGAGUCGGGAGGAAAACUCUGCCCUCGUGUUUGGAAAAUCUUUUUAACACAUAUCGUUCAGCCUCGGCGUCCAGAUGAAGAAGAUUUUUAAACAGAUUUCACAUCGCAGAAAAGCUUUUUUUUCUUAAUUCCGAUAUAAACUGGCAGAAACACGUUUUUUACGGCCAAAUAAGUAGACUUGCUCUAACUGUGCCCCGUAACGUUUUUGUAAAUACUGAAACAGCUGUUUUGUAAAAAAAGAAAAGAAAAAACAAUGUACAGCCUUUAAAAGGUGCGUUUUGUCUCUGGAAUUAUUGUUUAUUGCCAAAGGAAGUCUUGUUACUAAAGCUGCAUAUUUGGGUGCUGUAGCACACGACACGUGUUUGAGUGAUGGAGAACCUUCAGCGUGAGUUCUGUAACAAAUAAUCCAAACGAUUCGUAGCAGUGCGUUUUACGUCAAACGGUAGCAGUCGUAGGUUUCUUCAGGUUUCUGGUUACAGGGCGCACAAACGACCGUUCAGUGUUUCAGGAAGUACGUGCUUUCUUUCCGAACGUUAGACGAGAAGAUCAAUAAGUCAGGUCUGUACGGUAAAUAAACGUUUGAGCCUGGCUUUGUCCCCUCAGCUGUGGGAUUUACAGGCUUUAUGUGACGGAUUUUUAUCUUUAAUUACAUGAAGGAUGUCGUUUUUCUGUAGGCCAACCCGGACGCUAACAUCGCCAUCGUUCCCUCGUCAAAAAGCCCAUGGGAUUUUUGCACUGGAUUUUAAAUCGUGCAGAAAUGAACUCCCUUGUGUCACUUACGCGUUUUGUUCAGCAAGAUAAUCUUCUCAGAUGAACACCAAAUUUCUGGUUUCUGAAGCCUAAAUGCAUUUGCCAGAAUUUAACAGUUACGUGGCCGCCGCUGUGAGUCUGUAAAGCGAACUUGGGUGCUGCUCGGCGUGAUGAUGUUCUGCAGUAUCAUUUAGUUACUUAUUAGUUAUUUAGUCUGUAAUUGUUUGCGAAUAUUUUCUGAUGCAUUUUAUGUCGUAGAAGAAAACGUCUCUAAAGCUUGUGAUAACCGCAGACCUUUUUUUAGGCUUCUGACCAAAAGUCCUUUAAAAAACGUCAACUUUGAGAUGAAGGCGCUGGGACUGCUGAAACACUGACUGCUUUAAGGUCACAUUAAGUAAAACUACACUUUCUUUUUUUUAAUUAGAUUUCUGUGCCGAUCCAACAAAUGAGAAAUAAUCUGUGAAUUAAUGAACUCUUCGGCAGACUUUGUUUCUUUGUAGAGUUUCCGGUCUUUGUGCUGAGAUCAGAGGCCGUAGCUUCACACGUAACAGACGGAUGUGAGUGGUAUCCGUCUUCCCGUCUAACAUUUGUCCAGAAAGCAAAUGAGUGUCUGAGUUGGGCGGAUUUCCUUUAAGAGGGAAGAGUCGCCAUGUUGGAGGAGCAGCAACAGCUUGAAUUUAAGCAGCCGCUGCACAGACACUUGGCAGUUUCUGUCACGUGUUUUCUCUCAGCGUGACGGCUUGUCCUCCACAUUGAUUGUCAACUACUUAUCGAAUAUAAGAUUGUUUUUGUUUUUUUAAUUUCUAAAAAGGCUGCAAGUUUCUCUCAGCUUUAAUGUCUUUUUUUGUGAAUGAACUUGUAAAAGGUUGAAAACGUUUCAGUACAACGCACCUGAGUGCAGGUGACUUCAUGGAUUCGGCACCAGAAUGAGAUGAAAGUCCUGCUGUGGUGGGACGAAAUGUGCCGGAGCGAGAUGAAAAAUUAAACGUUUAAUCUGUGAGAUUUAGUCCGUCUGAACUGGGAGCUGCUCGUUUGUGUUCCCCUCGUGUGCAGACUGAAGGCGUAGAAGUGAUCCUGUCAGCCAAGUGCCCGUUUUUAAGGAGUGGGGCUGUCGUCACACUUCCUGAAACACUUUGACGUCAGUAGUUUUUUCCUGUCGCAGGCGUAAGUGUGUUUCAGAUGUCUUUUAUAAUAUUUGUCUAUUUUGUUGGUAUUUUAAAAAAAUAAAAUAUUUGUCAUCAGAAA